AUGGUUUCAUUCUGUGAUCAUGCCGUAUCAAAUUAUAUACCCUUGUCCUCAUCAUUUCCAUCAUUGCCGGCCCUACCUUCUACCUCCAUUCUGGAAAUACUGUUCUUAAUGCUAUUCGUUUGCUACAUAUACCUACUCGCCAACCUGGCCCCAGGCCACAUACCCAAAGAUUCUAUAACAACCGAACGUAUAUCUGGUGAGACUUCAUAUAUUGCUUCGACAAAUCCAAGCGCCGACAACCCGCACAAUCAUAGCCCACGGAACAGAAGUUACAAUGAUGAGUUCGGUGAAACCAAAGAGGAACCCCCAGCAGGUCAGACAGGAUAUAGCCAUAAGGUUCAUGAACGGGAGUUGCGCGAGAAAAAUGCGGCAUUGAAGAAGGAACGCGAUGCAGCUAUAGACGCAUUGCAUAAUGAGCGUUCGAGGAGCGGCGCUGCAAGAGACAGCUCUGCCGUCUCGGAGAGCAUACGACGAGUAAGAUCCGCCCACAGCCAGAAGCCCACCACGCACAAACAGUUGCGGGUGUGGCAGCAGUUCGACAUGAAGAAGAUCUUUCACGCUCUUGACGACUCCAUAAAGCUUUUAUCUAGUCAGCUACAUUGGCAUAUACGGGAUUCAAAGGUGCUCAAGAAGAAAGCUUCUGCUCUAUCUGGAUCCUUAGUACUUAUCAAGGGAGUGCCAGACGUAUUGUGGCUGAACGAAGAGAUUCAUCUGCUACAAGGCGCCGUAUGGUCCAUUAUACUUGAGACGGUGUUUCAGAACGACUUCAAGGUAUUUGGCGAACGUGCACAGAGUUUCGCACAGGAAUUUGCGCAUCCCAAAGUGGAGGCGCAAUCCAUGAAGUGGCGCUGCUUGACGGGGGAACAAUUGGUGACGAGAUGCGGUCUUGUACAGUUCAGCUCUGCUAUGUCGAAUGGCCCCCUGGAGAAUGUAAGAGUGAUAUUAGGGAAAGAGUACAGCAUAGAAGAGUGCAUAUCGCGGAUGACUAGAACCAACGCUACAGAGCAUCUUCUGGACGAUAUGGACAAUCUUGCUCUCCAGAGCAUCCAUAGCGCGCGAAAACAAUUCAUCGACAGCCUAGAACUCCUUACUGGUCACUUCGGAGCUCGAAGAAAACUAGCUGAUUCGGUAAAAAGGGUUGUUACCGAUGCACAAGUUCUUGCUAUCCAGAUGGUCAUUCAACCCCACGUCUAUCGAUUUCGAGGUCCACCAUAUGGUGAGGCAUUUCGGAAGGUACAAAAAUACCAAGAACAAACAGUGGUCACAGCUAUCACUGAUGCUGGACAUACCCUCGAUGGAGAAAUCGUCUUUACAGUGAGCCCUGGGUUCGAAAAAUUCGAAAGCGCCGACUUACAGCAGUUCAAAACGCUUCACCCCGCUCUUGUGUAUGUCACUGGAACUAAGAAGACAAUGUUCUCUCCUCGAACACUUCCACACGUCAACCCGUCAGGUUUGCCUAGAAAUGUAGGCAAAUCAGGACCGUCACUAGAAACAUCAGAGUCGUCCAUGACGAAAACUCAAGAUAACCUAGAACGUAUGCGAAUUCUGGCCGCCUUCAAAAACCUGAAAAAUGCCGUUAAGGCUCUCGCAAACGCACUCCAAUAUACUAAUGCCUUGGACGACUUCCUAUCCGUGGCCCCACUCUCCUGGGACCAAAGAACAAGAAACCUUUUUACCGCUGAGAAGUCAAUCUGGGCAAAGCUCAUCUUUCACCUCUUCGAUAAUAAAUUCUGCAGUUAUGCAAUCCUAGGAGAAGCCCUCCAUCGCCACUGGACAAACGCAUACCCUGAGGUGCACUCAUCCGACCCCUCUUCCGUAUCAACUAUAGCCAAUUCAUGGCGCUACAAAGAAGGACUUAAGCUGCUGGAGAGUCUGGGUGGGGAGCUAUUUUUGAAGGAUCCCAAAGCAGCUGUGGUCAUUGACAGAAAAGUGGAAGACAGCUUGCAAGUCAAAAAAGACAUAGUGUGCCUAGACAUCCGCAAUUUUCUCGACGAAGUGUGCCAGCCCGCUCCACGCACUGACGCCACAUCUGCGCCUUCUAGCCCAGAAAGAAACGCUGUUAUCAAAGACAUGGUCCAACUCGCGAUCACUCUAGCCAUUCGCCUGGACGUCUCCCGCCAACACUACCAGAUCUACAACCCGGCUCGCCACACACCAUACACUCGUCCUCUUCCACCCGAACCCCCUAAAUUCACCCUUACGCCCGACUGCGCUCACCUCGAAAAAGGUUAUAUAGCAUUGACACUUGUUCCGGGCCUCAGAGUAUAUCCAGCUGCCGACCUCCGAAAAGAAGAACACCUAGUCCCGCCGGUUGUUCACGUCACCUCAUCGACCCUAGGUGACGUUUUCUACCCUGGACUCCCAACCACCCCCCUCACAGCCCGCGCAAUGGCAUUUCACGACGCGAAUAGUGCAGACCCACGAGUCGAAACCGUAGACACCCAAGAUCUCCCUCGACAGAAAACCGAUCCAUCGGGUGAAAGCAGCAGAAGUGAUAAUGUUAGUUAUGCAACGUCGAAGAGCCCACCUGGAUAUAGGGCCGAUCGAUCGACGCCCAUGACAAGCUUGUAUCCUUCUCUGAAUGGGAGUCAGCGAACAUCUAAUACAGACUCCAGAUUAAGUUUGGGAACACCCAAUCUGCAGGAUGGUGGAGUUGCUGUAGAACAAGAGCUGAAUGGCGCCACGGGCUUGGAAAACGGGCAUGGUAAUGCGGCAGUGGGAGGAGCGGGAUAUGUUCCGAACUCGAAUUAUCGGCCGCCGAGGGUAGACGAUGUAUUGCCGGAGGAAUCAAGUAGCGAGAGAUGGGUUUCUGGGAAGUGGUAUGAAGAUGUGGAGGGUGAUGACGAGCUUUAA